ACCAAACUUCAUUCCAAACUGAACUUGCCAUUCUAUUGUGAGAUAAAUGAAUGCUUCUCUUUUGGUUUUUAACUCAGGCAGGAGGAGGUGAGGAAAUCAGAGCUGGUUUGAAGGGAGGGAGAAUAUAGCUUUGAGAGGCAAAAAGAUGAGGGAAAGGUUAAACAGGAAGGAACUUGAGACUUAAUUCAUUUAAAUAUUCAUUACUCCAACCCCCCCCCCCCCGCAGCCACUUCGAUUCCUGGAGAGCAUUACACAUAAGUCUCAUCCCAGGCCUCCAGCCACAGCAACCACACGACUCAUUUCCCCUGGGCUGAGGCUGCAUACCUGGGCUCCCCAAGGAGAGGGAUGAUGCAGGGAGGGGAAUCCCACCUGCUGUGAGUCACCUGCUAGUAUAAAGGGCGGGUCUUACAAUGCAGGGAUCUUAAAAAGAGACUCAGACAAGGGGAGAAAAUCUACAGGAAGCAGCUCAGAAACUUGGUGCACAACAGAGGGAACCAAACCAGAGACACACAGAACAGAGAGAAUCAGGCUCAGAGCAAGGGGAAGUGGACAGAGAUUCCACAGGGACUGCAAGGCACGGAGCCAGCCAGAUUCGAGAAGCAGGCAACAAGAUGUUGGGAAGCAGAGCUGUGAUGCUGCUGCUGCUGGUGCUGCCCUGGACCACUCAGGGCCGGGCUGUGCCGGAGGGCAACAGCCCUGCCUGGGUUCAGGGCCAGCAGCUCUCACAGCAGCUCUGCACGCUGGCCUGGAGUGCACAUCUGCCAAUGGGACAUGUGGAUCUACCAAGAGAAGAGGGAGAAGAUGAAACUACAAAUGGUGUCCCCCAUAUCCAGUGUGAGGAUGGCUGUGAUCCCCAAGGACUCAGGGACAACAGUCAGUCCUGCUUGCAAAGGAUCCACCAAGGCCUGGUCUUUUACGAGAAGCUGCUGGGCUCAGACAUUUUCACCGGGGAGGCUUCUCUGCUCCCCCAUGGCCCUGUGGGCCAGCUUCAUGCCUCUUUGCUGGGCCUCAGGCAACUCUUGCAGCCUGAGGGUCACCACUGGGAGACUGAGCAGACUCCAAGCCCCAGUCCCAGCCAGCCGUGGCAGCGUCUUCUUCUCCGCCUCAAGAUCCUUCGCAGCCUCCAGGCCUUUGUGGCUGUAGCUGCCCGGGUCUUUGCCCAUGGAGCAGCAACCCUGAGCCCCUAA